UUAAAAUCACUUUGAAAUCCGGAUUGGGCAUGAUUUUUCGUUAGAAGUUCAAAAAAAUAAAAAUAAAAAACCCUUUCACCACAAUGGAGCAGAUGCAGGAUGUGAAUCAGGAUCGCGGCGAGGAGGCCUCGGGCAGCAAGGACCUCGAGCUGGAGGAGAAUGACGGGAACUUGAGCCGGAACUCCAGCCUGACCACCGUGUGCAGUACUUUCCCAUUGACCUCGAGGAUCGACAGCUAUCACCGCUGGCAGUCGAUGGACAAGGAGGAGGAUGUCAUGGGCUGCGAAUUGCAAAUCGAGAGUGAGCGAAAGGUCCAGCUGGCCAUGUCCAUGCCGCUCGCCAUUGACGCCAUACGUCCUUGAGGCUAAAUCUAAUAAAUUCCA